GAAGAAGAAGAAGAAGAGAGGACGGAGAGUCUGACGGUCACGCAGCAGUGAACGUGGACAAAAUCAAGGAGCUGGCAGCCGAGUGUAAAAAAGCAGGCUACACUGGUGUCUUGGUGCCAAUGAAGUGUGACCUGACCAAAGAGGAGGAGAUUCUUUCCAUGUUUGCAGCCAUCAAAGCGCAGCACAAAGGCGUGGAUGUCUGCAUCAACAACGCUGGACUGGCAAAUUCUGAGCCGCUGUUGAAUGGCAAAACCAGCGGCUGGAAGAACAUGCUGGAUGUGAACAUUCUUGGGUUGUCCAUCUGCACACGUGAAGCGUAUCAGUCAAUGAAAGAAAGAAAUGUUGACGACGGGCACAUCAUCAACCUGAACAGCGUGGUCGGACAUUCCGUACCUUCCAUUACUCCUGCACACUUCUACAGCGCCACCAAGUACGCAGUGACCGCCCUGACCGAGGGCCUGAGGCAGGAGAUGUACGAGGCCAAGAACCACAUCCGGGUCACCAGCAUUUCUCCUGGUUUCGUGGAAACUGAAUUUACUGAGCGAUUCUUACAAAAUAAAGUCCAAGCCGAAGCUUUGCUCGCCCAACAGAAGAAUCUGUCUGGAAAGGACAUCGCAGACGCUAUUUUGUACGUCCUUGCUGCCCCUCCACAUGUGCAGAUCGGAGAACUCCUACUCCGUCCCGUGGAGCAGCAGUUUUAAUGAUGCACUGUGUGACAGCUGACACAUUCUCCGUGUGAUUUCUUCACCAGUUUUUUAUUUUCAUGGAAUAAAUUUAGUUUUGAAAUCCAAACUAUAUCUUUCCACUUAUGCACACAAUAAAACAUCUGACUGGAACACGAA